AUGCACGAGCUCCUAAACAAACCCGGUCCCCGUUUCGCCACGGCUGUUCCAAAAUGCCCCAUUACCUACCGGCGACCACCUUCAUGGCAGGCAGACAAAAUCAUUGAGUCGUCAGGGGUUGCCCACGCGAAUCGCGCUCCGUCAACGGAUCAUCCAGAGGGCAGUGUCGAGUAUUCUGAAACGUACAAGGACUAUACUGUUUUACAGCAGCACGUUCUCUUCUGGGACCGCGACAACGAUGGCUUCAUUACUCCGAUCGAUGUAUGGGUUGGCUUUCGAGAUCUUGGUUUCAACAUCCCGAUCUGCUUGCUGGCAGCAACAGUCAUUCCAUUUGCAUUCUCAUACGGCACUAUCAUGCAGUAUUCCUACCUUCCAGAUCCGUUCUUUCGACUCUUCGUUGGGGGCAUGCACAAAGCAAAGCAUGGAUCCGAUUCAGGCAUCUAUGACACCGAGGGACGCUUCAUGCCGCAAAAGUUCGAAGAUGCCUUUACAAAUUGCAGCGCCAGGAACGAUGACACCCUCACCCUUGGGGAAAUCUUUGGGUUGAUGAGCAGGAAUAGAUGCGCAGUGGAUCCAUUUGGUCGCAAGACGGCAAAGUGCACAAAGAAGACCUUCGGCGAGUAUACGAUGGCUCACUGUUCUGGGAGAUCAGAGAGAAACGGCGCUCAGGAGAAGGAUGGAACCAAGGUUGGGGGCUUGGAGGAGACGGAUUUGUUGGCUAUCAUAGAGGGCUCAAUGCUCACGGCACAACUAAACCAGAACCAACGCGAAAUGUUCUCCCCGGUUCGUGGGACACGACCGCUCAUAAACCUUGCGCAACCCUUCUCAGUCCCUCCGUACCCCGUCCUGAUAUCCCCGAGAAAGGUAUGA